AUGGACACGUCGUCUCUCUCUGCAGAUGCUGGCAGCUCGACCACGUCUUGCAGUACCCGCAUGUGCAGCCCUUCGUUCACUAGCUAUUCCAGUAUCCAGCCAAUAGAUGUGCUUAAUACUUCUCUUCUCGUACGACUGGGUCUGCAGUCACUUGACGUGCCGUAUCAACGUCCUGAAACAAUUAGAAACAAACAACAAUUGCCAGAUCUUAUCGAGGAGCGUCUUCAAGACCUUCUAGGUGAUCCAUUGACGACUAUAGACCUUGCUAGUAUUCAAUUGAUGCCAUUACGUUCGUGUCUUCCGUGGGAGAUCGUGGCCGUGGAGGACAGCGACGGUGUUCUGCGUUACGGAAAAGUGAUGGACGAAGAAGAUCCCAGCAGCUCUGAAGAAGUCAAAAUACAAGUGUCCAAGACUUGUAUCCGAUGGUAUGCAAUGUCGCAGAUUUAUUUCUUCCAGUCGGUUGGAGAAAGAAAGAGUAGCAAAGAAAUUGACGUGUGGAUUGGCGACAAAGAGGAGACAGAAGCUUCACCAGUCGGCGUGGUCGCAGAAGUGAACGCGCUAUUGGCACGACUGAAUGUGUCAUUGAGCACGAGCUAUGAGGAGCUCCUGGCUGAGGUCUGGCGACUGCAACAUCAGGUCGCGCUUAUGGAGAAAGACCGACGCGCUGCUUUGCAACAGAUGGAGCAAGCUUUGAGAGCGCAGAGAGAUGCAGAAAAGGCUUUAGUGUGUGUUGUUUGUCUCGUGAAUGUAGUGGAUCGCGUACUCGUUCCAUGUGGACAUAGCUACUGCACGACGUGUGUCUACCGUCUUGAUGGGACCUCGUGUCCAGUGUGCCGACAUGAUAUUUCGGACAGUGCGGCCUUUCGAAUUUCAUGA